ACGAGCGUCAUGCCAGUCCCCCGCGGGACGACCGAAAGGGAACGAGCCCGAGGCGCGACGACCGGAAAGGCGCAAGCCGAAGUCCGAGACGCGAUGGUCGUUGGGAUGAAAGUCCCAAACGCAAAAGUAACAAGGAGAAUACGAAGCGCAAAUCCAGUUCUCCCCGAGGAAGUGUUGAUCGCAGAGAUGGCGGACGGCCCGACGACCGACGGGAGAGUCGGCAACGCCAGCGUGAAGAUACAAAAAAGACCAAAAAGGAUGAUGGUGCUCUCAAAAAGCGCGAUAAUAAGUACGAGAGGAGCCCAGCUCGGAAUCGCGACGACAGCCGCGUUGAUACGAAGCGAGGCAAGAAUAAGCAAUCUACAGAUGUAGUUCCUAAAGAGAAAAAGCGAGGUGCAAAGGAUGAUGCAGAUUUCGACGAUAAGAGAAGAGUUGCAGACAGUCGAGCACGUCUGUCAAAGGCCGACGGAAAGGCAAAUAAGAAAUCCAGCCGCGAUCGUCGCAAUUCUGCUGAUCAACGCACGACGAAAGACGCGACCAGAACCACAACGGCGAGCCGCCCUGACUCGCGCGAGCGAGAGCACCGUGGAAGCCGCGCAGUAAAAACAGGUGGACGCGACGAACCCAGUCGUGCUCGCGGCCGCGAUACCGACCGCUCAGGUGCAGGUGGCGCAGAGCCGAAAAACAGUGGUGGUGACCGACGCGCUUCUACACGGCAGCCGCCACCGAGUCCUCCUCGCGCGCAGGGCGCAUCCAAGCGCAUUAAUCGAGAUGCUAAAAUGAGC